AUGAACCAAGAGAACACAAGAGACCUGGUUGCUACCCUUGCCCCAUUGCAGAAUAAACCUGAUAUCGGGAUGAGAAGUCUUUUAUAUAUUGAUGAUACGUUGUUUUAUCAUAUUCAAUCUUAUGUGAUGCUUGGUAUCCCUAAACAUGAAGAGGCAUCAGCCACCCCUCAACAUCCUCUUUCACCAAUGGGCGAUGCCUGUCAUAGAAUGGACCUCACAGCCAUCCAUCAAAUCUUGGUAACAACUCACUAUAAAGACGACGAAGAAACUAAUGAGGUAUUCUUUUUUGCUAAUGCCAUUUUGGUGCAAACACAAGCGCUUAUUUGUUUAUUUGAUUUGUUCCAUCUUUCUUUUCAAGAAUGGACACAACAGAUGAAAGACAUGCUAGAUGCAAGGAAGCGUGGUGACUUGGCAUUCCGUGAUAAGGAUUUUAGAACUGCUAUAGAUUGUUAUUCUCAGUUCAUAGAUGUGGGAACGAUGAUUUCCCUAACUGUAUAUGGAAGACGAAGUCGAUGUUAUCUUAUGUGUGAGCAACCUGAUGCAGCUCUCCGAGAUGCCAUGCAAGCCCAGUGUGUCCUCCCCGAUUGGUCGACUGCUUUUUACAUGCAAGCGGUUUCCCUUGCAAAGCUGGACAUGCACAAAGAUGCAGCCGAUAUGCUUAACGAAGUUGCUGCCUUAGAAGAUAAGAAGCACAAAGGAGGAGGAACUGACAGAUGACAUUUUUUCUAUUUUAUUUGAUUCUUCUUCUUGUUAAUGUUAUUGUUGUUGUUGGCUUUGACAGAAAAAUUGUUGUGUUUAUAUAUAUAUAUGCAAAUGUAUUGUUUU